AUGGAGUAUGGCGGUGAUCAGGAUGCUGGUAUGGGAUAUGGCAGUUAUCAGGAUGCUGGUAUUGGGUAUGGCGGUGAUCAGAAUGCUGGUAUGGGGUAUGGCGGUGAUCAGGAUGCUGGUAUGGGAUAUGGCGGUGAUCAGGAUACUGGUAUGGGGUAUGGCGGUGAUCAGGAUGCUGGUAUGGGUAUGGCGGUGAUCAGGAUGCUGCUAUGGGGUAUGGCGGUGAUCAGGAUGCUGGUAUGGGGUAUGGCGGUGAUCAGGAUGCUGGUAUGGGGUAUGGGGGUGAUCAGGAUGCUGGUAUGGGGUAUGGCGGUGAUCAGGAUGCUGGUAUGGGAUAUGGCGGUGAUCAGGAUACUGCUAUGGGGUAUGGUGUGAUCAGGAUGCUAGUAUGGGGUAUGGCGGUGAUCAGGGUGCUGGUAUGGCAUAUAGCAGUGAUCAGGGUGUUGGUAUGGGGUCUGGCGGUGAUCAGGACACUGGUAUGGUGGUGAUCAGGACAUUGGUAUGGUGUAUGGGGGUGUUUUGUGUGCGCUGGGACAGGUGACAGGGCCUCCCUGCAUUAUUUAU